ACCAUGGCUUUCAGUGGUACCCAGGACAAGUGCAAGGCCUGCGAGAAGACCGUUCACUUCGUCGACCUGUUGUCUGCCGAUGGAGUCGUCUACCACAAGACCUGCUUCAGAUGCAGCCAUUGCAAAGGAACUCUCUCGAUGUGCAAUUACUCUUCCAUGGACGGCGUCCUAUACUGCAAACCUCACUUUGAGCAGCUCUUCAAGGAGACAGGCUCCUUCUCCAAGAAGUUCCCAACGGGCACAAAAUCUGGAGAGAGGACAGUUAGCAAGUUCUCCUCCAUGUUCUCUGGAACUCAAGACAAAUGUGCUACAUGCAAGAAGACAGCGUACCCCUUAGAGAAGCUGACGAUGGAGGGAGAAAUAUACCACAAGACGUGCUUCAAGUGCUCGGUGGGAGGUUGCACCCUGACGCCCUCAUCGUACGCCGCCCUCAAUGGGAUCCUCUACUGCAAGCACCACUUUGCUCGCCUGUUCAUGGAGAAGGGAAGCUACAGCCAUGUGAUCCAGGCGGCCAUGGUGAAGCAGACCGCUGCGGUAGAGCAGUAG